UCAAUUGAGUCAGUCGAGAUGUGGACACGUGAGCUGUAAGAGCGAAAUCGAAAAGGACGGAGCGCCGACGAACUUAGCCAACGCGUCGUGUCAGUGACAGUGUCAGUUGAUAGUUAUCAGGUGCACAACAGUGAGUAUAACAACAAAACAAAUACAAAAAACAACAGAAAAGCACAAAAGCAGUGGAAGGCAAGUGAAAGUGAAAGUGUGUGUAGUGGUGGCAAAUGGCAAUGAAGUGUUGCAAAAUUAAGAAAUGAAGUAAUAUCGAAUAAGCAGCACAUAUGUGUGUAUGCCGUACAGUGUUAAAUAUAUGGAUAACUGUGCGAGGCGAAAAGUGAAAGUGAAAGCCACCCAAUACAGGAAAGGCUAGAAAAAGCCCGUAAAAGUAGCUAACCACAAGGCUAACUGAAAUUUCAGAAAAAUUUAAGCACAAGAACGCCCGAAACUCGCUUCGCAGCACGCUCGAGUGUCCGUUCGUUUCCUCAACUAUUAAAUUCGGGUGCUACUACGUCAGGGUCCGUGGCGGCGUAUGCGUGUAUAAGUAUGUGCGCGUGUGUGUGCUUGCGUGUCAAGUAAAAUCAAUGAAAGCAAAAGUGAAAACGUGUUAUAUAGCUAACUGCAUCGGUGUACAUAUGUGUGACGUGAGCAACACCAAGUGAGUUGCCCCGAGGCUGCCGAGCAGGACUCUUGACCAGUUGAUAGAGGUCGCCAGCAAACAGCGUCAAAGCGGCAUUUUAUCACUCCUCUGAGAUGCAAUAAUGUCGGUAAAAUGGCGGCAGAGAUUCAAAAGCAAAAAGCGCUUAAAAUCCCCGAAACAACAACAAACGGAAAUGUACAACAAAAACACCAAAACAAGCACUCAAGCACUCAGCCAGAUGCUGAACAUUGCCGAAAAUCACAGACACUGCCCCUUGGACAGCAGUGAUAGCAACAAAAAAAACAAAAGCAAUAGCAACAAUAACAAAGAAAACUCGCCGCCUUCGAAGAGCUGCCACAGCACGCACGUGCAACAGCGAGACUGCAAUCAGCGCACAUGUGAGAAACAACAUGCACUGCCAGCAGAGCAGCAAUGUAAAUUGGAUGCUUUCAAGGAUUCCACAUACGCUCCGUGGCCCCGCGACGGCCAUGCUGCCAGUGCGCGCAAGAACGCCGCUGCCACUAUAAAACGUGCAACUGCCACAAAGCAAAGCGACCUAACGCGCACACACACAACAGUGUCAAUUCAAGCAAAGGCAACAACAAUACCAACAACAACAACAACCAAGAGCGCAGUACCGAAAACAAAAGCGGCGGCGCUGCAGACGAUGGUGAUGCGGGUGCUGAAGCUGGUGGCGCACACAGAUACCGCGACUCAAACUGCAACAAAAGCAACCACAACCAAUGGCAGUCACUUGAAAAGGCCGCAGUCCAGCUGCUUGCCGACUUUGUACAGCAGUCUGUUCGCUGGUUUUCGCUUACCAUCAAUAUCAACAACAACAGCAAAAACAACAGCACCAACAAUGAAAGCGAGUCACGCUCAGCCCAUUAGCGGCGGCGCAACAACUACAAGAGCAAUCUUUGAUAUUAACACUAACCACCCCACCACUGCCCGAGCCUUUGUGCCACUACUGGCGUUGUGCUUCCUCUGCAUUGUCUCGGCAGCGACCACAACAGCGGCGACAGCCACGUCUUCCACCUACAACACAACCACUGCCAGGACAGAUGCAACAUCGCCGCCCUGGGCGCCCGUCGUGGCAGCAGUGAUGGCCACCGCCACCGCCAAGCCGGGGGCCAGUGGCGCGCAACAGCAAUGCACACUGUCCGAGUUCACCUGCGCGAACAUGCGCUGUGUGCCGCUCAGCAAGUACUGCAACAACAUUAACGACUGCGGCGACGGCAGCGACGAGCCACGCUUCUGCACACGCUGCAAUCGUACCUACUAUGGAGACAUCGGCCUAACCUACUCGCUGGAGCUGUACCGACCCAAACAGGACCGGCUACCGUACGUGUGUGUACUCACUUUCACUGCCGCUGGUGGUCAACAUGGCGACGUGGUGCAGGUAACACUUGAUAGCUUCACAAUUGGACGCUUCACCUCGUAUCUGCACGACGGUUGUCCGGAUGGUUACAUGCAAAUCGCCGAGUCGGCGCGCACACCCAUCGGCGGCAUGUGGUGCGGCACAUCCUGGGGUCCAGUGCUAUUCUACAGCGAAACCAGAUCAUUGAUUUUCACAAUCAAAUUAAAUAAGCUGGCGCGGGACCAGAGUGGCUACAAUUUCGACUUUCGCAUCAGAUACAAGGUUCUGUCGAAGGACAGUUCGGUGACGCGCUAUGGCGGCAUCAAGCUCGAAGAACUUCGACAGUGGUAUAAUCGCAGCAGUUUUCAGAAUCAAAAUGCAAUCGAAGAUUUCACAAAUUCCAGCGGCGCACAUUCGGACCGCUAUGGCCAGGAUUUCAGCCUGUUCAGUGCUUACGCCAAUAAUAAGACCUUCAUGAGCUCGCUGCAACCAGCUGUGGAAAAGGACGCACUGAACUACACGGAGCCAAAGUACUAUCUGGGCGAUCUCAUACCGGGCACAUACUGUUCACGCAUUUUCAGCGAUUGCGACAGGAAAGCGUGCCGUCUGCAAUCACCCAACUUCCCCGGCAUUUAUCCGCGCAACUUGACCUGCUACUACGCCGUUCGACAGCAUGAAGUGCCGCAUGGCAAACACGCCAUGAUACUGGUGAGACAAUCCAAAGGAAAUUUAGUCUGGAUAUCCACACAAGAUACGGGAAUCGGCAGCAAACCACCGCCUAGCACCAGCGAAAAAGAUAAGAAAUUUGAACCGCGUCUAAAAACAUGGAGUGAAUGCGAUAAUGUGCAGGACCACUUGAGGCCCAAAUGGAAGUCAACGGACUACGUGACGGUUUACGAUGGCUACACGACACGUGACCCGGUCGUGUUGAAGUUUUGCGGCGGCGGACAAGCAGUGCCGGCAGCCGUGUCCAGUGGACCCGAGUUAUUGGUGGAAUUUACGACUUCGCCUUUUGGUACAUUCACAGGCACAUCUUCGCAAGUUUUGCCGCUCUACGGUUUUCAAUUAGACGUUGAGGUGAUUUUCGUAGAUGUCAUGAGUCCCACGUAUUCGAAGAACAAAAAACCGUGUGAGUUUUGGAUACGCGGCGCUGGACGUGGCAUACUUGAAAGCCCUAAACAUUCAUUGGCGCCGAAUACUACUUGCCUAUAUCAUUUACAAGGCAUGGGUGUAUUUAAAACUUUCGAUCAUCUGAGUUUGUCGCGCCGCACCAGUGCACAAGGUAUGAAUCAACCGCUCUCCCGUUUCAAGGUGUGGAUCUCGAUGAUGAAAUUCAACUUGGAUCCGGAAUUCGGGCAGAUGGAUGAGACAUCAGUAGGCGCGAUUGGCGUGCUGCAAACGCAUGAGGAUUGUAGUGGCAUGCUACGCAUCUGGGACGGCGCUCUAAGGGAGCCGCCGGCAUGCAAAGAUCUCAACUGUGCCAGCGACGCACCUGCACAUCCGUUAGUCUCACAUUACAGUCACAAUUCGACAAAUGUUAUUGCGCGUUAUUGCCGUGGCACGGUACCGCGCACCUGUGAUCGUUCGAAUAUCAACGAGACUUAUGCGCGGCCCUGCACGAUAUCGGAAAGUUAUGUGUCAAGCAGCGAUAGCAUAACACUGGAACUCAAGAACACAGAGUCAACUGUGUUGCGUCCACUGGAAUUCAAACUGAAGUAUGAAUUCAUCGAUCUGCAUCAAGACGGUCUGCCGCUUGCUGGCGGCGAGAACGAUUGUAAUCGUAAGUUCGUUAGCAGUCUUAUGGAUCGGAAAGACCCGGCAAUCUUUCGCAGCGUACGCAAUAUAUUCCUCUUCGGGCGUGGCGGCACACGCAACUUGAAGUGCAUUUACAAGUUUGAAGGUCAACGAGGUGAACGUAUACGCAUCAAAUUACGUAAGGUAACCACACUCAAUAGGCCGUGCAUGUCGCGGGUGGACGAGGACAUAAAUCGAUCCUUCUGUUACGGCGAUACUAAUGCGCGCAUCGAGAUUUUUGAACGUCCCUAUCACGAUUCGAUUUUAUUGCCACGUGGUUGUCUAUGCAAUUCGUCGAACUCGUCACAUCUACCUGUUGAAUACACCUCAACCAGUCGGGAUCUCGAAGUUCACUUUACUGCAAUAAAUAUGACCACACUUGACGAUCCGGACGCCAUCAACUUCGAGGGCAUGUUUGAAUUCAUCAAAGGACCAGCAAGCUGUAAAGAUGGCCGACGCAAGUUCGGCCCCAGUGGCACUAUCCACAUGACAUUCGGUGAUAUGGAAUGCCGCACGCGUCCUUGGUUAAUUGAACCAUCCAACGGUAACAAAUUUUUAUAUGUGCGCCUGAAAUCAAUAUUCUUGCGUAAAUACAAUCCGAAGAAAGCAUUGAAUACAACCGUGGUGGGUACCAGUUCUUAUCGUUGCGAAACGAAGGCGCGAGUUGUGCUUACAACUUCUGAAGGUUUGACAAUAACCGCGUGUCCACUAUCGCCCGAUUCAAAGGCCUACGAGUUUGUCGAAAUCUUCAGCGCUGGCUGGAAUGAGCGCCCCAUUUACUCAAUUGCGAAUCGCUCAAAGGCCAUUAGUGUGGAGUAUCUACGCCCGGAGAAUGGCGAUUUUACAUUUAAUUGGAUGGAAUUGGUUCCUAGACCAGUAUUAAGUAUUGCAGAAGACUGUCAGUACAAGUGUUCCGAGCUCGGUGCUUGCGUCAACGCGAGCGUUUGGUGCGACGGCAUUGUACACUGCCCUUCCGGGGACGAUGAGACUUUCCUACAAUGUUCGGCCAUUAUGAAACUGCCCACUGAGAUAUUGGCCACCUUGUGUCUCAUCAUUGUGCUGCUGUGCUGUGCGUUUGCCGCCUUCGCAUACAAACGUUUUGCUUUUCAUUGCAGGAAAAUCAAGCGCAAAUUUCGUGGUUCAUCGGUGCUGCAGACACGCCUCAAAUCAUUGAGUUCUAUGGAUACUGCGGUACUGGAGGAGAAGGAGGUGAUUUGCUGACAAAACGACAAUUCUGUGCGAUAUGUUGAGAUCGAUCGUGUGACCACAGUCUGACCACUUUCGAUUGCAACUUUAAAAUUCGUGCAGAAUUGUGCCCCGGAACUAUUCAAAGUGUUGCCGAAAAUGGCGGAGAUACGAGUAUUCGUUUAAAUGCGAAGCUACAAACAAACCACAAAACUAAAACGAGUAUGUGUGUACGACCCGAUUCACCUGUUUUUAUGCAUUUGAAUUUUAUUCGAAAAUUUCGUAUGUAAGUUUUUACCCGUCAACUAACAGUACAUAUUACCAUAUUACACAACUCUAGCUCUCGUCUCUACGCAAUGAUCCAAUGAUCUCUGUCAUGUUUUCAAUACAAGAAAAUGCAAAAAUAUACUUUUUUACUACUCAUUUUAAGCCGAAAAUUAAGACAAGAAUCAAACCCAGCAAAUUUUUUAUAUAAAUACAUGCAUCUGUGUGUGUACAAUGUGUAAACCUAGUCUAGCUAUGUAAAGAUGUACUGCAAAUCAUAUUUAUGAAUGUAUUUUUGUAGGCACACACGACUCUAAAUGAAGCUUUAAUCAUAAAAAUUAUGUUAAUGAGAUCAGCAAACUUAUAUACUUAAUCCAUGUAAUAAUCUUCUUGAUUUAAAACUGAGUUAACACUUAUGUGGAGCAAGCUUUCGCGUUGAAAAAUAUUGGAGUUCCAUUCUUCUUAAAGUUGAGACCACUGACUCCGAAUUUCGGUAGUAAAUUAUAAUAAUUUCGACUCGUUGUUAGACCAUAUAUCUUUCUAUGAUGAAAUGGCAAAUCUUACUGAUUUGCUGCUUCUUUGCUGUCUCUUUCGGUCUACUUUUGUAGUGGCCUAUUGAAACCCCCUAGAGAAAAUGAGUGGUUCUAGCGAGUUCAAUGAAAACCGGUAGUCGGCUUUGUCAAAAACUAGCCCCUUUUCAAAUUGCCAAGCAGUGAUAACUUGUCUUCAGUUUGAAUCAAACCGAGCCCAUCGUGUCACAAUUCAAGUUCAGGUAAAAGUUCUUCUCAUCCAUCUGAUAUGAACCCAAAGAAACAGAUAAAGCUUUUUCAAAUAUUGAAUGAUAUUUCUAAGUAUUCGUUGUUCUUUUAAAAAGUACAUGAGUCUGAAAUAUGAAAAUAGUAAAUAAAAAAUAACUUUACAUGGAUGGAUCCAAAAUAUUUGUGUAUCCUGAACACAUUAUAAAAAGUUUUCCAUGAAGCUUGUAACACCAAGCAAGAAACGCAGGAGAUCCAAUAAAAUAUAUAUGUAAAAGAUCAGCAUGAUGAGCUGAGUCCAUUAGCCAUAUCCGUCUAUCUUCAUAUACGUGAAGUAUCGAUCUGAAAUUUUUCUCAUGAGCUCGCAAUAGCGCAGCGCGGUAUUCAAUGUAGAACUGAAUCCCAGACGUCUCUCUCUUCCCUUAUCCGUAGGCUCACGUCUUCAACCUGUUGAUAAAGUAAAAUACCUGGAGCUUAGCUUUGAUAGGAAGCAUUCAUGGAGGUCAAAUAUUGAGGAGAAAGUAAAGUAGGCAUCGUUUGCCUUACACUGCUAUGUAUAUGCGAACUAUAAAAGAAAAAGAAAAGAACACAGUAGAAUGGUUAUGAGUCGGAUAUCCGUUGUCCUCUUGCGCUCUAGCACUGCUCCUAUGUACCUCGAGUACGUUUAGCAGACGUUGGUCGACGUCUGCAUCCUGUGCGACUGCGAGAUCCUUCUGGUUUAGAGUAGAGCGUGGGAGAUCGACUAAACUGCUCGCAUGAGUUCUUACUGAAUAUUGUCCAAUAGAUAUUCGUGCUAAAAAUCUAAAAAUCCGGUUGUCAUCGCCCAAACACUUUCUCUCUCUGUUACAAAACUGACGCUGAAACAUCUUAGAAGUCAUUCCCGCCAAGAGACAUAGCAGAAACUUACAUUAUCGAUUUAUGAGGGUCGCCAUGAUGAAUUUUCAUAUGACUUCUAGAUACCACAUAAUGGGUUUUCCAAUAAGAAUACCAAUGAAAUUAUUUAUUCCUGUAAAAGUACAUUCGAUGCUAUUAUGCAUUGAACUCUAUUUCUUUUGCAAGGCUACCACUGGCACGCUUACAGAAGUCCAGACGCUGAACCCAAUUUCCGACGGUUUUCAAGCAUAAAUCGGCCGAUACCUUCGAUAUUCGUAUGAAGUUCAUCAAUUGUCUUUGUCUUGUUGGCAUAGACCAUAGCCAAGGUCAGGUUUGGUUUUUCGCCAAACUUGGUUUCAAUUAAUCGAUUGUGACAUUGGCUAUGUGGUUUGUGGCGCCGUCCUGUUGAAACCAGUCCAAGUCCAUAUCACCCAACUCCGGUCAAAAAUAUUCGGUUAUCAUUGAGAAAAAGUUAUUAGGAUUUAUCACCAUAACAUAAUGCUGCCGUUCAAACUGACCGGUAUCAAGUGGUCGGUUUUAGUAAAGCUUAUGGAAAGUGAUUUUUCGUGAAUCAUACUUUUAAGAGUUUGGGUUAUUGCCGCUACCGCGUUGCUAUACCUCGACUCAUCUCAGCCAACCCAACUCUCUAACAGUAUGUAAAUUCACAUGCUGAACAUUCUCAAUUUAACUAGUACUAGUACUACUAUACUAAUUCCAAGGUAAUCUUUCAAGGCUCAUCUUCCGCUGAUAUACUUUCAUACAUUUCUGAACCAAGUUAAGUAUGUAACUCUUCUUCUGAACUGUAUCCAUAUGAAGAUGUGGCGGAUCCACGGUUGUCAAACCCCCCAUAAUCGGAGAUUUUAAUAAAAAUUCAGAAGAAUUUACGAAGUAGCAACAAUAUUGAAAAUAUGUUAGUAGAAAAAAUUCCCCCCGGCAAUAAAUGCUGGAUCUUCCUCAGAAUGGAAGAUUAAAUAAGUUUAUAUAAUUUAGCUGAAUAAAAAAAAAUCCGAACUAUACAAAUCAUACCUACAUACACAUAUUAAUAUUAAGUAGUGAACUAACCUCCGGACUUCGAAAAUGUAUCGCUAACCCAUUGUGAGGUCACAUAAGUUUUAGGAACUCGUAAAUAAUCCCAGCAUUUAUUAUGCGACGCACAACAUAAACAAUUAAUUAGAAAUGUUAGUAACCAAAGCAGAGAAAUAGUAAUAAAUAUAAUAAACAAAAACCAAAUAAUCAGAUACGAUUGCCCUGGUGCUAAAAAAAAAAAACAAAGACAAGAAAACAAACUAAGAAAAUGUAAUUAAAUUGUAAGCAUUAAAUAAUAUUGAAGAUAUGAAACCGUUAUUUGCGUUAUGCAAUUUGAAAGUGCAAAAUAUUUGCAAAAAAGAUUUGCAAGCAAAAAUAGGCAAUAAAUGUUUCUUCCCAAAGAGAAGAAAGCUUUCAAAUGAACGAGUCAAGCAAAUGAGGUUCAAAUGAAGGCAUUCAUGCCUCCAGAGCUCGAAUAUUUUAAUAAUCUAUGUAUGUAUGUAUGGCAGUGUGCUGCAAUAGCAACAACUCUGGCUGGUUGAAUUGCAUUUUGUGAGAAUGGCGUAAAUAAAAAAGCAUCUAGGCCAAGUUCUUGCGAAUUACUAUGUGAACGCAGACGUGAGUGAUGUGUGUGCAGCCUGUGAAAAGACUUUUAAUUGUUGUUCUAGUGUUAAGAAUUAUGAACUAAAACCAAAAAAUACUUGUAUUUAUAAUAUUUAAAAACUUUAAGUAUAAUUUUUUUUAAUAUGAAUCACGCAUUGUAGCGCCUCUAAGUUAUACAAGAAGUCACGAAAUCACGUCAUACUGAGUAGAAGACCAUA